UGAUACAGUAGCAAGCCAGUAGCUACUUGCAUAUCAUCGGCCACGCGCACUAUUUCCUCUAUCAUCAGUUUGCGCGACUCUAUCCUCGCGCUGGUAGAGACGAGAAAAUAUACGUUUGUGACACAUUAUUACAUCAAGGAAAGAUUUCUGGCAAAGCAAAGAUGUGGAAGUCAGUGGUGGGACACAACGUGAGCAUAAAGGUGGCUGCAGAGGGGGAUGACUGGGAGACCGACCCUGACUUUGAGAAUGAUGUGUCAGAACAGGAACAGAGAUGGGGUGCCAAGACCAUUGAGGGGUCUGGUCGAAAAGAACACAUCAGUGUAUCAGAGCUGAGACAGAAGGUGUCCCAGGAGCAUGAGGUGGGGAAGCAGAAGGAGCGGGCGGAGGCUCCCAAGGCCUCCUACGGUUACGGAGGGAAGUUUGGAGUGGAGAAAGACCGCAUGGACAAGGGGGCAGUGGGGCAUGGCUACGUGGCGCAGGUGGAGCAGCACUCAUCCCAGACAGAUGCAAAGAGAGGAUUCGGGGGGAAAUUUGGAGUGCAGAAAGACCGUGUGGAUAAGUCUGCCAUGGGUUUUGAAUACAAGGGAGAGGUGGAGCAGCACACAUCUCAGAAAGACUAUUCUAAGGGAUUUGGAGGGAAGUUUGGGGUGGAAAGGGAGAAGGUGGACAAGGUUUCCUUGGGUUACGACUACAAGGGAGAGACAGAGAAGCACCAGUCUCAAAAAGACUAUUCAAAGGGUUUUGGAGGGAAGUUUGGGGUGGAGAGGGAGAAAGUGGACAAGGCUGCCUUGGGUUACGACUACAAGGGAGAAACAGAGAAGCAUGAGUCACAGAAAGACUAUGCCAAGGGCUUUGGGGGACGCUAUGGAGUCCAGGCAGACCGCAUGGAUAAAAGUGCAGUGGCCUUCACAGACAUGGAAUCCCCUACCUCUGCCUAUGAGAAGACACUACCAUUGGAGGCAUCAAGUGCAGGGGCAGGCAACCUGAAGGCUCGCUUUGAAAACUUGGCUCGGUCAUCAGAUGAGGAGAACAGGAAGCGAGCAGAGGAGGAGAGAGCCAGGAGACAGGCUAGAGAGAAGAGAGAGCAGGAGGAGGCACGACGCAGACAACAGGAACAGAACAGCAGGGAGGAGGAAGCAGAGCAGCAGAGGCCUCCACCUGUUGCAGAGCAGAGGCCUCCACCUGUUGCAGAGCAGAGGCCUCCACCUGUUGCAGAGCAGAGGCCUCCACCUGUUGCAGAGCAGAGGCCUCCACCUGUUGAAGAGCAGAGGCCUCCAUCUGUUCCAGAGAACAAGAGGAAGCCCCAACCACCACAGGUGCCCACUGCCAGGGCAGUGCCUCAGAUACCAAGAGAUGAACCUGAGCCAGUGGAUGAAGAGGAGGAGGAGCCAGACUAUGACCAGCCCCCGUGCCUGCCCCCACGGUCAAGUGACCUGCUGGAGGCGGGGCCACCUCAGGAGCAGACCCAAUCAGAACCAGAGCAGGAUGAGGGAGAGUAUGAGGAUAUCGCACCAAUACGUGUAGCUGUCGCAGUACCUGAUCCAGCUGUGGAUAAUGACUAUGAGGACCUGACAUGCGGUCAGACAGCAGUGGCCAUUUAUGACUACCAAGGAGAGGCAGAUGAUGAGAUCUCCUUCAACCCGGAUGAUGUCAUCACUAACAUAGAGAUGGUGGACGAAGGCUGGUGGAAGGGACAGUGUCACGGACGCUUCGGACUUUUCCCUGCUACAUUCGUGCAACUGAUGGAGUGAGCUUGCCUAUACAGUCUCCAACACACAGACAUAUACCUAAGUCCAUAGGACCCAUUAGCUGUGGGUCUUUUCACAGGGGGAACAUAAGCACAUUGCUCCAAUCUGACAGGUAUAGUUUGAUUGUACCAUGGGAGAAUCUCAAUUGCAUACUCCUCUAUCCUCACCUUCUGAAUACCUAUUGGAGGAGAAGGUCAGAGGGGAGGGACCUCUGGCUUUCUCAUCCAAUUGGUUUUGAGGUGAGAGGAUGCAAGGAGUAUGCAAUUGAGAUUCUCCCCAUGUGUUUUCUAGUAAAUUGAUUUAUAUCCGGUCAGUAGUCAUGACAUUUACAUUUUAGUCAUUUAGCAGACGCUCUUAUACAGAGCGACUUACAGUUAAGUGAGUGCAUACAUUUU